GUGUAAGAUACAAAAUCAUCCAAACAAAAGAAACAAGAAAGCUAUUUUCAUUUUUCACUAGAGUAGCCUUUUAUAUUAUUUUUUUUCUCAAUUCUCUACGUAUUUCGCCAGAACCUCCUAAACCCUAAAGUUCGACAACUUUCCCUAAUUUUACAUACCCAAUUUCAAUUUCAAUUUCGCCAAAAUUGCAUCAAUUAAUCGUGGUUGUUAACAAAUUCCAAUGGAUUUCGACGAGUACGAGUACUUGGAGAAGACAGUGGAAGAAGAAACUGAAGGUCGAUCAAGAAAGAAGGAGAGAAGCGGUGAGAUGAGAGAGAAAGGUUACAGAAAAAGGGUUGAAGAUGAAGGCGAUGAUCAUCGAGAAGAAGAUGAUGAAGAUGAGAGGAAGAGGAAGAAAUCCAGAAGAGAUGAUGAAAAUGGCGGAGGUGGAGGAGAGAGAAAGCGAGAGGAUAGGGAUAAGAGGAGAGAGAAAGAGGAGAGACAUUCACAUAGGGAUGUAGAGAGAGAAAGAAACAGGGAUAGGGAUAGAGAUAGAGAGAGAAGGGACAGAGAUAAGGAGAAGGAAAGGAGAGAUAGAGAUAGAGAGAAGGAGAAGGAGAGGAGAGAGAGAGAUAGAGAGAAAGAGAGGGAUAAGGAGAAGGAGAAAGAGAGAGAUAAGGAGAAGGAGAAGGAGAAGGAGCGAGAGAGAGAUAGGGAGAAGGAGAUAGAGAAGGAGGGAGAGAAGGAGAAGGAGAGAGAGAAGGAGAAGGAGAAGGAGAAGGAGAAGGAGAAGGAGAAGGAGAAGGAGAGAGAGAAGGAUAGGGAGAAGGAGAAGGAGAGAGAGAAGGAUAGGGAGAGGAGAAGUAGGAGUCGGUCAACGAGGCAUGGUAGUCGGGAGAGAGAGAGGAGUCGAUCGAUUAGGCGUGAUAGCCGCGAGCGAGAGAGGAGCAGGGAGAGGGAGAGGGAGAGGAGGGAGAGAGAGUUGAGAGAAAUUGAGUCCAGAGAUAGCAGGAGAAUCAAGGAAAAAAGGGAAGCAGUGGAACCUGAAGCUGAUCCAGAGAGGGAUCAGAGAACUGUUUUUGCAUACCAGAUGCCUCUGAAGGCGGCUGAGAGAGAUGUUUAUGAAUUUUUUUCGAAAGCUGGCAAGGUGAGGGAUGUCCGACUGAUAAUGGAUCGAAACUCAAGGCGUUCGAAAGGGGUUGGGUAUAUUGAAUUUUAUGAUGCGAUGUCCGUGCCAAUGGCGAUUGCUCUAACAGGUCAGCUACUCCUUGGGCAGCCUGUGAUGGUCAAACCAUCUGAGGCUGAAAAGAACCUUGUUCAAUCUACAGCUGCUACUGGUUCAGGUGUUACGGGUCCUUAUGGACCAACUGAUAGAAAGUUGUACGUUGGCAAUUUGCACUUCAACAUGACAGAGCAACAGCUGCGUAAGAUUUUUGAACCAUUUGGUCCUGUGGAACUGGUGCAACUACCCCUUGACCUUGAGACUGGGCACUGCAAAGGUUUUGGGUUUGUUCAAUUUGCUCAAGUUGAACAUUCGAAGGCUGCUCAAAGUUUAAAUGGGAAAAUAGAAAUUGCUGGCAGAUACAUCAAGGUUUCAUCUGUCACUGAACAUGUUGGUGGACAAGAUACUGGAACAACUGCAGCAGACUUCGAUGAUGAUGAUGGGGGUGGUUUGUCUUUGAAUCCUAGGUCCAGAGCAUUGUUGAUGCAAAAGCUGGACCGCACUGGUACAGCUUUAAGCAUUGCAGGAACACUUGGUGUACCGGUGCUUAACAGCACAGCUUCUGUGCAGCAACCUUUUGUGGUCAAUGGGCAAGCCGCCACUCCUGCCCCAACACUCCCUGGCCAAGUACUCUCUUCCCCAGCUUCUGAACCUGUAGGCAACCCUAGUGAAUGCCUGCUACUGAAGAAUUUAUUUGAUCCAGCCACUGAGACGGAUCCAGAGUUUGACUUGGACAUUAAAGAAGAUGUUGAAGAGGAGUGCUCAAAGUUUGGUCCAGUGAAACAUAUCUAUGUUGACAAACACAGUGCUGGUCAUGUCUACCUACGUUUUGACAACAAGGAGGGUGCAAUGAAUGCCCAGCGUGGUAUGCAUAUGAGAUGGUUUGCUCGUAGGUUGAUAUCAGCCAUCUUCAUGCAACCUCAAGAUUAUGAAGCAAAGUUUGGAGCUGCUGCUUGAAGAAUUACCUCAAUUGUAGCAUUACCCUCUUUCUUGAAUACAGUUCAAGCCAAAUUUUAUUUUGAUUUUGACAGGGUAAAAUUGUGGUGAUUGAAUGUUUGAGAUAAUGCAUAUGGUUUUGUCUAAAUGUAACAUUUCUUGUCAUCGCAUUUAACAUAUGCAAUCUUCCUAAAUUCUUUUGUAAUGUUUUUGUGUUUUUGCUUAUGAGUAAAUAUCCAUACGAAUCA